AUGUCCGAAGGUAUUUUCGAAGGUCUCAGGUGUACAAAUGGCGGUCCAAUUCUCUCACAUCUCAUCUAUGCAGAUGAUGUCGUUUUUCUUGGAAGAUGGUCGCUUGAAAAUGCUCUAAAUAUCCGUAGAAUAUUAAGAUGUUUUUUCUUGGCUUCGGGUUUAAAAGUAAACCUAGCAAAGUAUUCCAUGUUCGGUGUGGGGAUAAAUGAUGAAGAGAUAAAAUUCAUGGCGGACUGUAUGAAUUGUAAAAAAGGAUCAUUUCCGUUCAAGCACUUGGGAUUGAUCGUGGGAGCAAAUAUGAAUCUUAUACGUAACUGGAAGCCGGUUAUCGAUAUAUUUAAGUCUCGGUUGUCAAUUUGGAAGGCCAAAAGUUUAUCGUAUGGAGGUAGAUUUACAUUGCUUAAAUCGGUAUUGAAUUCGUUGCCUACGUAUUUUUUCUCAUUGUAUAAAGCACCGGCGAAAGUAAUUGAUGCGUUGGAAAGGAUUAGAAGAACGUUCUUUUGGAAGGGAUCGGAUGACAACUCUUAUAUGAGUUGGAUGGCAUGGGAAAAAGUCAUUGCCCCUAUCGAAUACGGUGGUCUUGGUUUCGGUUCACUCCGUAACGCCAACUUGGCAAUGCUGUCGAAAUAG